CGAGACUUUCAACCGCCAAUUUUAAAAUUGCUAGAAUUUUGAAAAUUUUGCGUUUUAAGAAAAGUAUUCACGAUUUAUGUUGAACAGCAGCCAAAGAUAAUGGAUCCGUACACCGAGCAACUGAUAGAGAGGUCAAGGCAACGUCGCGAGAUGCUAAAUCAAAAGCUUGGCAAGACACCCGAGGCUGCUCCUCGGAAACGGCGAACUCCUCUUUCUGAGGAUCUGUCAUCCAACGUUACGGCAACCAGUGACAGUGUUGUACAGAAUGAUGAUAAUGAUGAUUCACCAAAACGUCAGUGUACCCGUGACUAUGAGCAGCAAAUAAAACCUGACACCCCUGCUAUUGGCAGUGUUAAAUCUCGUCUUCAUGCUUUGGCUAGUGAAAGGACACACUGGUCUGACACUUCAGACAGUGAGCAUAACUCCAAAGCAGUGUCAGUUUCGAAGGAAUCUUAUACUCUAGAUACGGAGAUGGAAGCGCCAAAACCUCGCAAGGGCCGACUCGCCCUCGCAGCUCUUGCCCAGGACAUCAAUACCUGGGAAGAUGACUUUAGUCAUCACACCUCGACUCAGAAAGAAAAUUAUUCAAGUUCAGGCAAACCUCACGCAACCUCCCAGCCUGCCUCGAACUUUAAGUCGACUAAGACUUAUCCGCCACCAGCUCCACCAUGCCCUAAACAGGAGACGAGCUGUGGUCCAAAUUCCCCAAAGAAGUUCCAUGCUCCCCAGCCUCCGAUGAAUAACAACAACAGUCGGUCGGUAUCGGUGUCGAAAUUUCAUUCUUCAGUCUCACCAGUGAAGUCGCAGCUAACUUUCGGAACCUUGCAGCCUAGCAGUCCAUCUCCAGCCAAAGUGGCAAGACCUCUUCAGUACGUUGCAUCAGUGAAAGGCUCUCCCACAAAAGAUGGCAGGAGACUGACCGAGCAGAUCCCUGUCAAUUCAAGAGGUUUGAACGAAUCACCUACUACAGACGAACAGACAGACGACGAACCAACCAUGAAACCAGUGGCCGAUCGGUUUGCCAAAUGGGCGAAGAAAACGGAAUCCUUCAAAUCGACCACAGAACCCCCCAAAACACCCUUGUCUUCUCGAGUGGCAUCGUGGGAACAGAAGGUCUCGCAGACACCCAAAAGUCAAACUUCUGUUCAGAAGGUGACACACACGCCAAGACAAAUGUGUACUCCGGUUAGCAAAUCCAGAUUGAGGGAGUGUGUACCGAGUACCCCAGUUCAGAACACACCUUCUGCUCCUGCUCCUCCGGCUAGUACUGGGGAUGUGGACCCAGCCAUGCUCCCCGUGUCGGCCAGAAUGGCCAAGUGGCAAGAGAAGACGGCAGCGCCCCCUGUUGAGGAAGAGCCCACAGCAUACUCUGUCAUAGCAAGGAUGUCGGCCUGGGAACACAUGUCAUCAAACAACCAGGUGUGCCACAUCAAAAAGGUGGAUCCUUCAUUAGUGAUAGUGUCCCCUUCCAAACAGAUACCAGAUAAACCCCCUGCCCAGCAGGUACCCAGAUCACCUUCCGUACCAAAAGCUGCAGUACCCAGCAAGAUUGCCACCCCAAGUAAACCUCUGACUCCAACGAAAAGCUUCAAGGAAAGCAUAAGUGAGCAAAUUCAGCAGAUGAAAUCGGGUCAGUCUCCUGGGCCGAAAUCUCCACAGGCUGUCCCACCCAAGUCCCCAGCAAAGACGAUGCCCCUGUCUCCUAGCAACGCGAGCAACUCGAUGAAGACUGUACACCAGCGGCUGAUGGAACAGACUCACAGCAGCAGCAAGAGUAAAGAGAUAGAGAACAAGAUCCGCCAGGAGCGCAUGGCCGAGCUUCGGUGCAUUCAGAACAGGUGGAAGAACGGUAUCCUCAAGGAAGAGUCCUCCACAGACAAGCCUGGACCAGCUGCCGAGAAUGCAAGUGCUGUGUGUGUUGAACAAGUAAAAUCGGCGUCAAAUGCCGGAAGUCAUACUCCUAACAAGAGAGAUGCCAUCCGGGCUAUAGCAAGAGAGGAUUUUGAUCGCAAGCUAGCUGCCAUGGGAUUUGACGUUUCAGAUGAUAGUCCUAGUGCAAGCUUCAAUUUUAAGAAGGGUGGCCGGUCCUACAACCAGCAACAGGCAGGAACAAAUGGCCAGACUCCCCCUCCAGCCCCAAAACUACCCAACUCGGAGAAAAAGUCUCAACAGUCUGCGAUUUCACAUGCUGUGCCUCAAGUCGAUAGCUCAAGCAUGUACUCUGCCAAGCCUCCACUGCCUACACCAGCUAGCUGUCAGAAGUCCCGAUCCAACAGCAUCUAUAGAAUCAUAGCCAAAAAGGACGAAUUUCCCCAACAACAGAAUCAACUGACCUUGUCACAAAGAUCACAAGAGCAGAGUCAAGCGCCUGUCAUCCAGCGAAGAGUUCAAUUUGAGGACAGUUUUGACAGCACUGAUGACAACGACACAUCAGAUAAUGCUCCUUCGUCGAGGGACGACACCACAGAUGCUCCAUCUAGGGAUGAGUCUCAGGAAUCCUUUGACGAGACAGAAAUGGAUGAGAGCGAGUCUGACCGACCACAGCGACGGGCGAUGCCGAAUGUUCCGCAGCAGAUUUUAGAUGAAGAUGAUGGUGAUGACGUCAGUCUGAGCGCAUUUGUUCCUGCUUCCGUGCGACGUGAAAGCAUCAUCCCUAAUCGGCCAGACACUGAGCAGAAUCAGGUUUUGGACACAAGUUUUGACAGCUUUGAUGAGCCCCGCCAACCGGCCCAUGAACUCUAUUCCAGAAGGAUGGUGCCACCUCAAUAUGGUGGUGCUGGUGCCCAGGAGAGUUCCAGCAGUCUGACCAGUACAGAGAGUGAAAGCGUGAGCGAGGGCUGUUACCGAGUGAGAGACCAACGCAAGUUUAACGACACGUACCAGGAGGAUGACCGCAACGACAUCAAUGACCUGCUCGAUGAAGCCAUGGAUGAGGAGAUGGGUGAUGAUGAUGAAGAUGAUGAUGGACUUCCGGUGCCAGCACCGAGACAUGGACAGCAGAGGAACGAGGCUUCGAAAACUAAUGUCACCAGUCCUCUCAUCUACAGCAUCAGCAUGUACAGGUCGAAAAAAUUUGACCGCCCAGACGCUAAGAUGUCGAUAGUGAGGAACAGUGACUACACUCACAUGGAUGUGAAAGAGGAAAACAUCCCAAUGCCGACCUCUUACCCUCCAGAAGAACAAAGAAAAUCACUGCAUGAACGAAUUCAGGUACUUAGAAUACAGGAACUACAGGAGUUGGUGAAGCAGGAACAAAGUGUCAUCUGUCAGACAAGCAAUGCACUUAACCAGUGCUGUGCCAGUAACUCGUACUUCGCAGGCUCUGCAGAACAGGUGGAGUGUAACCGCUUGCUUCUUAUUGCCUGUCAGAAGAGACAGUCGUAUCUACUUGAGAUCUCCCGCCUCAAGGAUACAAGGAAUUUGGAUCCAGCUGGCCCUGGUCCUAAAGGUUCACUCACAAUUAGUGACAUCAGGCUCCCUCUUAAGAAGGACUUUGUCACUAAGAUUGGCACUGGUCAAGAUAACAUGGUGUACUACUUCAUCCUGCUGAUACGGAACAACGCCCAGGUGAUCUGCACACAGAUGCUGUCCACACAUGACCCCAUGAUGCGAGGCAGUCUCGAUUUCCCCAAUCUCAUCAAGCUGAACGGCAUCACGGCAAACUUCAGGAUCACUAUCGACAUUUACGGGAUGUCUGUUUCUAAAGAGAACUCUGGAAAAGAAAAGAAGAAGAAAACUCCCAAAAAGCAACGAGGUUAUGGUGUCUCAGUUCAAAGUCCUGGUGGACCAAAUGCAGUAAGAACAACCAGUUUCAGUCUGAUCACAACAGUACCACUUGACAUGAAGGCACUUGACAAGACGUGCUUCAAUCUGGACAGGCUGCCAUAUCUUUCUCCACUUCAUGGUACCAUAUACAUGAGACUCAAGUGCCUCAUGGAGGCUAAUGUUGAAGAAAGAGGAUUUUUGACAAUGUUUGAAGAUGUCAGUGGUCUGGGUGCAUGGCACAGACGCUGGGUGGUUUUGGCCAGAAACAAACUCUGCUUUUGGAAGUACCCCGAUGAUGAAAACAAGAAGGAUCCGAUAGGCUUCAUAGAUUUAAAGCGCUGUAUCACUGAGAAGGUUGGCUUGAUUCCACGAGAUAUCUGUGCUCGACCGAACACAUUUGAGGUGGUGACUGUCAGACAGCCGAGACGGGGUGAACGAGACACGCUGGUUUCCAAGACGUACAACACACUGACCACAAUGAAACAUAUGAUGUCAGCUGACACAAAGGAAGAGCGAAUUGUCUGGUGUAACAUGAUUAACAGAACCCUGGCAAAUAUUCGAACGUGGCACUCGGAUGCCAUGCGACCAAUCAGGUUGUCGGACAACCAGUAGACGAUCCACUUUGUGUUAUAAUACACUCAACUGUGUGUUACCAAGACUGGUCUGUGCUGUCAGAAUUGGUUUGUGUGCGAGUCAUGAUCUGGACAAUGUGUUGUCAAAACUGGACUGUGUGUUGUGUAAGCAGUAGACUGUACGUUGUCAUAACACUCAACUGUGAUAUGAUCGAACGAGAUGGAUUUAAACCAGACUGUUGAAAGUCUUCCAUUGUGACAGACAAUAUUUAUUCUUUUUUUUUAAUUAUAAUUAUUGAUAUAUGUAUUUUUUAUUAUGUUAACAUAAACACUUAUUUAUGAAGCAGUGUAUUACUUGUAAACACACAUCGUACUGCCUUUUUCUGCCUCCUAUUUCAAGGUGUGUAUUCUUUAAUGCUUUGUCUUGAAUUUCCUACUACAACUGCUGCUGUAUGGUACAUUUCUCUCUAUUUAAACUAUAUUUCUUCUUGAAAGUGCAAUCCCUUGUAUUCAUUUAAAUGUAGAAGGAAAAAUAUAAAACUAAUAUUUCUAAAUUAUGAUGACUACAUAUUUCUUGUAGGUCAUUCUUAGAAUAAGCUGAAUAAGCAAUGAAUCAAAUUGUAAAAUGUACAUAAAAUAACAAAAACGUGUGAAGCGUCUACAAUACAAUCACUUGGAUUUUUGCAUUGUUUAUUCUGCUACAAUUUCCACUAAAUAUAUAUUUGGCGUAAUUAUUUUAUUCAAAAUAUGUUGAAUGAGCAUUCUGAGAGUACUGCUAAAGCAAUGCAUGUCUCCUGCUGGACUAGACAAAUGUUCAUAUCUCUUACAUUGAUGACCGUCAAAAAUGGGUAAAUCCCUAUGCAUGUUAGACUUGAACUGUAACUCUACAUUAUAAAGCUUGAGGCAGUGUAAACAAAACAAUUAUUGGGAAACCAUAUGUGGGACAUAUAGACAAACGGACUGAGACAAAACCUAUAGUCCCCUCCGGUUGAGCUGGUAGGGAACUAAUAAAAAGAACAUGUUUCUUUUGUAUCUGUAAGAAAGUCACUCAAACAGAUUGCUUCUCAAAGCACUGUACAUUUAAUCGAUCCUUGAUUCGUCAUUGUAAAUUGAUGAUUGGACAAAGAAUUUCAUAGGAAUCACGACACCAGAUGAAAGCAAUGUUAUGGUGUAUGAUUUUCACUAUUUACAAAAGAUGGGAUGAUGCUUAUUCCUGUUGUAAUAGAACCAGGACCUAUGCUUCAACGUUAUACAAGCUUCAAACCAGAUUGGGUGUGAGUUGAAAUGAAAUUUGAAAACACCUGAAAUGGAGUAACAAUUGUUUUUACUAUUUUAUAUCAUGGUGUUCUAACUUCAGGCCUCUGACAAUUGAAAAUCGACUUAACCAUUUAUCGGUUACACAGAAAUAAAUCCAUUUCCUUUUUGUGUGACCUGUUAUAUCCAUGUAAGUGGUGCUCUAAAUUUUUUCGCGAAAAUAAAAUAGAAUACGCAAAAUAAGAUUUGCACGUGCGAACGAACGAAAUGACAGCUGACAAAUUGUUAUAGUUUUUAUGACAACUUGACUGUAUUGUACAGACUUCUUGUAUCAAUAUUAUAAUGCAUGUUUUAAUAUUUUUAAUGUGUGUAUUUCAAUGUUAUAUAUGUGAUCAUGUAAUUGAAUAUGGGUGCUUCACACAUUGGUGAAUGACUUUGUUAUUAGCAAUUCAACUGUGAUGUCUAAAAUAAUGUAUUUUUAUAUAAUAUUGUUAUUCGAUGCAUGGUAUUAGGGUCAUUUAAAGUCAGAAGAUGAAGUCGACAAAAUGUAGCUCGUGUUUUCCUCUGCAAAGCAACUGAUGUCUUUCAGUGUUUUUUUCCGCAUGCAAUUCUUUGAAAAUUGAUGUUUUAUUAAUUCAUUACUUUUCCAGAAAUACACUUAUGUGGGUGUUGUACAUGCAUAAAAUAACAGACUUUUGUUGUUGUCACACCCACAAUUCUUGUGUCGUUUAUUUCUGGGACAGUUUUAAACUUGCAAUCUCUCUAUUCUACAAUAUAUUUGUUAUAAUUCAUAGAAGUACAUCAAUAACUUAUGUGUUUUCAUUUUCAUAAUAAUCAACAGAUAUUGUCAACUAUUUACAUGUAGCCCACAGUUCUGAUCACAAUGUUUUAAACAGUAGACACUUACUGUUAUUUGGAAUGGCAUAUUAAUACAUAUAGGUCUAACCUUUAUUCUCUGUGCUCGACCCGCCCCCCGCCCCCCCAAGAUAAGAGAACAAUAUGGGAUGAGAGGUGUGUGAAUCAGCUAUUCUGAGUGUAUAUGUGUGAUCUUUCACUGGUCAAUUUGAUGGUAAAGUGAAAUUAUCCACAUUUCAAGAACUAGAUGGCUAUGAAUUGUUUCACUAGAAGUAUCUUUGGAUGUGACCUACAUGACAGAUAAAGGAAAUAGAAGAAUGGUGCAUCACCAAAGGAAACCCUAAGUUGAUUGUUAAAUAUUAAAAAUGUGCUAGAGAUUGCAGCUUUAACAGAUGAUGAUAUAAUAUUAUGUUGGUGAAUGGUAAGAAUAUUUGUUUUUACAGUGCAUAAUAACACUUAUAUUCAGUAAUCGUCUACUUAUAUAAUUGAUACAUUUGUAAUUGUUUCUUUAGGUGUUCUACAUAUAUAAUACACAUUGUGCGUAUCAAGCUUGAUUAAUUUUGAUAGCAUGAAUUUUACACAAAUUGUGUCACCACUUGUACAAUGUAAACAAACCAAGGUAAUAGUUAUAUCUAUUUUAUUAAUUUUGUACUAUAAAUACACAUUUUUAAAAACUAAUUUAGUAUCCGUUUUUCUACGUUUCCUUCUUGUGAACUAUAUCUAUAGGAAAACAUGCUAUCUUAUUAAUGUUUAUAGUUUGUGUUUAGUACAGUAUAUAUUGGGGUAGCUUUUUCUAGUCUGAGUGUCAUAUCGAAUGUCACCAAUACAAUUUCUGUAAUCAUGAAACUGAAGGAACAAAUAUGGUAAUGACAGAUUUAGCAAAUUGUCUCAUAUAUAUGUUUCUAUUUUAGCAUUCAUUAAUAUAGAUAGACCGAAAACAACAUAUAUGCAUGUGUUUAUGUAUUUUCAGACCAAAAUAUGUUAGUUGAUCAAUAUAUUUGCACCUAUGAACCUUUACCCUACAUGCCCAAUCACCAAUGAUCCUUCCAUUACAACAACAAUCAUAUAACCUAAAUGUAUGUAGCUAUGAAUUGUAAUUCAUAAUUUCUUAUUUGAAGAAACAAUAUUAUUUCUAUUUAUCUAAGAUUUAACCGCUGUUUUUAGUACAUGGAAACAAAUAUUGAUGGUUUAGUGCUAAAAUAUACUCAAAACUUAAGCAGUAAUAAUAAUUUGUACUAACAUGUACUGUAAGAUUAAAUGUGUAUGUGAAAUGGUUUGUUAUAUUUUUUUGUGGAAUUUGCCAAAUGGGGGCUUUUGGUAGUUGUUUUUGGAUCUGAAUUAUGACCUGCAUUAGAUGAAGACUUAACUAAGAUGAAAAAUAUCUUUCUUAGCACUGGUACUGUGGUAGAGUGGAUUGUGAUGUACUGCUAAAAUGAAUUCUGAGCUUAAUAAAAAACAUGCAUUCAUUUAGACUGAUUUCUGGCAUUUUAAAGAAAUUUUAUAUCUUUAUUUUGUAAUUCCUUGAAAACCAGUAAGAGUUGUAGUUUGAGUGUCUGUUUUUAAAAGAUACUUUUAUGUUUCCCAUUUUAUUCUGAAAUGGUCCCAAAAUUAAAAAAUCUUCCCACGUUAGUUUUUGUUUUUAAUGACACCACUAGGGCACAUUGAUUAAAUCAUCGCCAAUGGAUGUCAAACAAUUGAUAAUUCUGACCGAAGAAACCAGCUAUAGUUUUCCAUUAGCAGAAAAAAAAAAAAUGUUUUAACGAAGCACUCAACACAUUUUAUUUCCGGUUAUAUUGCAUCGGAUAUAUGGUUAAGGUCCAUUAGCAGGAAGGAAUCUUUUAUAUGCACUUUCCUAUAAGACAGGACAUCACGUGCCACGACCUUUGAUAUACCAGUUGUAGGGCACUGGUUGGGAUGGGGGGGGAAAACAAUCUGAGAAUAGGUCCACAAAGGGUUUUUGAUCGUACAACCAAAAUAUUUCAGUCUAGCACUCAAUUGAUUGACUUAGAUCCCGGCCUGGAGGAAAAGCCAAAUGUAUAUUAUCAGUUGGUGUUCUGAAUUGCCACUCAUCUUCAUAAUUCAAUAGGAUAUGUUAUUAAAAAGUACUUUAAAACAAUUGCAUGAAGACACGAUCUUGAACUUUUGUAAGCAUGCUGUUAGAUCCACAUGUAAUAGUGGAGCUAAUUUUAAUUGGAUUGUGUUCAUCAGAACAUUGUACAGGGAAAAAAGACGUAAGCAAGAUUUAUGUUAAUAAAAUAUUUAUUAUACAAUUAAAUCAUACAAAAAAUAUUUCAAUAUUCUGAAAUAUUUUUGACUAAUACACAGUCACAACCCAUUCUCCGAAUCUGAGUAAUGAUUCUAUAAGUGAUUGCUAUAUUAUAUUUUAUAUCAUAAUUAUGUGGGUAAACAUAACACUGACGAUGGACUUGCGUGAAAAACUGGCCCAUCUCUGCUCCUUUAUAUUCCAACAGUACAUAAUAUAGAGCAAAUAACUGCUGCAUAUACUUAAAAAUAAAAAAGCCAACAUUAAUACAAUACUGUCAACAGAUUGGAACCGGUGUGACAAAGAAAUAUGAAAAAAAACCGCUUGGCUAAUGCAACUAUUUGGUGUGACAAAUGUUAACGAUGUUCCUUUAUGAGAAACCUGUGUGGACGUUCAACACUAAAACAAAAUUUGGCAGGAAACAAAACCUCUGCUAUUUUGUUUUUAUUUAUUAAUUACAUAGUACCAUGUAAGCAGCAGGUUACCUCAAACACCAACUCAAGGAAAUGGAAAGGAUUAUUGAUUUAAUAACAUUUCAGCACAUCUUAAACUAUGGCUAUUACGGACUGAAUCAGUACAAAUAUAAUGUUGAAACUUGAUU